CAGGACAACUGUCAGAAUCCGCGGCAAAGAAAGCAGGCGGCACUGCGAAUUUAAGUGCAAAUCUGUCUCCGCCUAGGAGUCGUGCCUGAGGAGUACUCCCAGUCCUGCAGCUGCGACUCAUCCAAGGCGGAAUGCAAUAGUCCUCAUUUUAGAGUUGACUCAUGAAAGCCCAUUUCACAGAUGAAGAAGCGGAGGCUGGGAGAGGACAGAUAACUUAGCUAUCCUUUGAGAGCUCUGGCUUUCUGGUAUUGCAUUUCCUGAGAAGUGAGAGGGCACGGCUGAGCCCUGGCUCCUGCUUCUGCUCCAGCCAAGAUCUGACCACCAUGGCUCUGGCGCUGAUCCUUGAGCUGCUGAUCCUCUGGCCUCUGUGUCAUUCAGACAUCACUCCAACUGUGACCAGGAUAGUCUCCCCAGCCUUAUACCCCAAGCCAUGGCUGGAGGCUCAGCCUGCUGCAAUUGUAACCCCUGGGGUCAACGUGACCUUGAGGUGCCAGGCACCUCAACUUGCCUGGAGGUUUGCACUCUUCAAGUCUGGAGAAAUCACUCCUGUGCUGUACCGGGAUGUGUCCAUGGAGCUGGCAGAGUUCUUCCUGGAGGAGGUGACCCCAGCCCAGGGGGGCAGUUACCACUGCUGCUACCGGAGUCUUGGCUGGGACCUGGGUAUCUGGUCCCACCCCAGUGAUACACUGGAACUGCUGGUGACAGACCAGCUGCCGCGCCCGUCGCUCGUGGCGCUGCCCGGGCCGGUGGUGGCGCCCGAUGCCAACGUGAGCCUGCGCUGCGCCGGCCGCCUGCGGGGCAUGAGCUUCGCGCUGUACCGCGUGGGGGUGGCGGCGCCGCUGCAGUACCGCGACUCGGCGGAGCCCUGGGCCGACUUCCCGCUGCCCGGAGCCCGCGCGCCGGGCACCUACAGCUGCUACUACCACACGCCGUCCUCCCCGUACGUGCUGUCGCUGCGCAGCGAGCCGCUGGUCAUCAGCGCUGACGGCUCAGGCUCCUUGGACUACACUCAGAGCAACCUCGUCCGCCUGGGGUUGGCUGGCCUGGUCCUCAUCUCCCUGGGCACACUGGUUGUUUUUGACUGGCACAGCCAGAGUCGCACCCAGGCAGCGUCAGGCCCUGAGCCCCAGAGGACUGGAUACAGAUGCCUCCAAGUGUGAGAAGACUUCCCAGAGAUGGGGAGAAGAAAUAGGUUUCCUGGGGGUGGACAGGCCCUUUCAAGAGCCCCUCAGUCCUCCUGGCUGAGCUCAGCUUCUGAGUCACAAUAAACUUCCUACUGUGUUCUCUA